AUGAUCAGCGUGACAGUAGCUGCUCACGGCGGAAGAAAAAGGGUGGUUGGAGGUCAUUUGAAGGCGUAUGACAGCGGCCGUCUCUCGAUUUUCGACCUGAAUAUCAUACCCGAAAAGCUGGAAGUGCAGCAGAGGAGGCAACUCUGGAGCCAUUUAUUCGACAAGCUAUUCGCCUUGGCGUUUCUUUUAUUCCAGACAUGCUUCCCGUUUCUGGCCAGAUUUUUCGAAAAGCCCGAUAAUAAUAACGUGGAGGCGAGGAUGGCGGCUCGAAGGAAGUCCGCAAAAAUACCACCGCCAGCUAUUCAUAAACUGACAAGUAAACUCCUGCUGAACGUCUUUUCCAACCUCGACGGUGUCGAUAUUGCCCAUUGUGAGGCAGUGUGUAAAAGAUGGAGAAAAGUGAUUGAGAAACACAAUGAUGACAUGCCGAAAGUGCUCAAGGAUCAGAUUCGAAUUCUAUUUGAUGAGGGUGAGAUUGUGAUCUAUCCGCUUGAUUCGAGGAAUACGCCCACCAGAUAUCCUAUGCCGAAUUUACAGCGCUUGGCCAUCCUGCUCCGUCACCUUUCGACGCUCUCCCUAUUUGUCCGUGGCCUGAUCCCGAUCGAGGCGAUUCCUGUCCUCAAGAGUCUCUGUCAGCUAUCCCUCCGCCCACAGCAGAUCUAUUUUAUUUGGAGCAAAUUCUCGCAGGAGAGCAUUGCACUGCUGGAAGAAUUGAUUAUCUGCAAUGCCGAGACGUUGACCGAUAUCGGGUUUGAAGAAUGUAGUCCGACGGCGUUUUUGUCGGAUCGUCUAAUCUUCCCAAUCGUCCAUCAAAUUCAAUCCCUCCGAGUGUGGAAUGACGCAAAAAGUGGGCAGCAUAAUAUUACCGACGUAACCCUUGGCCAUUUGACAAGAAAUUUCGCUCGUGGGCAUCGUCUAGAAACUUUGGAUCUUUCAUCCUGUCGGAUUUCUUCAGCAGCUCUGUCUAAAUUAAUCGUGGCCUGGUCGAAAAAGCCGAAAUGUGAUUUAAGUAUUACCGUAAACUUCUGCCCGGACGUCUUCCGCAGUGAAAUUGUGGAAUGGAUGGCCACCCGAGAAGACCUACAUUUGCAUAACGGGAAACUGGCUCGGAAUGGAUGUGUAUUAACGCUAUUCUGC